AUGUUUCCAUUAUGGCUGAUUGCAGUCUUCAGCCUUUCUUCUGCUCAGAAUGCAAUAGACAUCGAAGAUGGGAGAACUGUGACAAACAAUGUUACGAAUAUAGCUGGUGGCACCAAAGUAUACAAGUUCCAUAUUUCUAGUCUCAUCCCAGAGGAAGAUCUCGCAAUCUCCCUUACAACAUUUUCAGAUUGGUCAGACCCAGAUAUGUACGUAAAAGUAGGCGAAAUUCCAACUGUAACUAAUUUUAACUGGGCUAGCGUUGCAUUUGGAAUAGGCUCAAUUUUGAUCUCCCCUUCAGAGCUAAAGAAUGACACAGAUUACUUUAUUCUGGUUUCAUGCUAUACUUAUUGCAGAUAUGCUCUUACAGUGGCCUAUACAAACGAAAUUAUUCUGAUUUCAGGGAUGCCAAUAUCCGGAAAUCUCACAGCAGGCCGACAAGCCGUAUAUAAAAUUGUGACAGAAAACAAUUGGAAUUUCCUAGAAAUUGCGGCCUCAGCGACUUUUGGGGAAUUUCAGCUUUUUGUAAACAAAGGGGAUACUGUUCCGACCGCAGACAAUACUUUGCCAAUCGAGCACAACUGGCAUUCAGGUCAAGAUUUUUAUACUGAAAGUCUUAAAAAUGACGAAACAUAUAGAGCAGUCAUUGUGGCGCUUACUGAUACCCAAUAUACCAUAACAGCGACUACUCCAAGCAACAACAUCCAAUCUUUGCAAGCGUCAGUGCCUGUUAGAGGAACUGUAGGAGGUGGACAAUGUAACGCAUAUUUUAUCGCAGUGGAUGAUCCAAAUGAGACUUUAGUUAUUAACUUGACCCCAUUCUCAGGCGAUGCCGAUAUAUAUGUAAGUGCUGGAAAGGUUCCUUCUAUAACUGAGUUCGAUUUUGCAGCGAGAAAGUAUGGGAAUGAUACACUUAUUAUAGACAAAGAAAUGAGACAGUCUUUAGGAAGCCCAACUGGAUUUUAUUAUAUUUCUAUAUGUGGGUUUAUGGAUUCUACCUAUUCAUUGACUGUGUCUAUCAAUCAAAACAGCUUUACUCCUUUGACAGCUGGAGUCCCAGAGACUGGGUAAUAAAAAAAAACUAAAGCAAAUUUUUUUUCCUAAAAGUCAUAGGAAUUUUUUAUAAAAAACCUAUGAAAAAAUUAACGUAUUUUUACUAGAAAAAUGCAUAAUCUAUUCACAACGUUUUUCAUGGCAAGCCCCAAGACUGGGUAUGUGAAUUACCUUGAUGUAGAUUUAUUCUACUUUGAGCUUCAAAUUAACGUAAACUACAACAUUACUGUACAGGUCACAGCGCUAGAAGGAAAUCCUGAUUUGUAUGCAAAGCUUUGUACAAGUGGUGAUAUUUACGAGUGCGUUUUUAAGAAAGAAGAUAUUACUAAUCCAGGACUGGAUAUUCACUAUUCAAACCAUUCGACCGGAAGUGAUACUAUUAAUAUUGCUCAUAGGUCAAACAAAUGCAACAAGGCACAGACGUGUAAGUAUAUUAUUGGGGUCGCAGGGGCUAGUGUCCAGACUAGCUAUUUUACAGUAGUUGCCUUACUUGAUCUUAGUUCAGAGCUGAGACUUCAAGAUGGAAGGCCUACGUCGGGGAGUAUACAAGGGUCGGGAUAUAAAUAUUUUGUGUAUGAUGUUUUUAAUAUUACAGCGACUCAGGUUGAUUUUUCACUGACCCCAAUAAUAGGGAAUCCUGAUUUAUAUGUGUCUAGUAUUGGUAAGCCAAAUAUUACUUUCUUUGAGAAGUCAUCAAAUAAAGCUGCAACUGAAAUUGAUUCUGUCUCAUAUGUCAGAGGUGAAGACGGCAAACAAGACUUAAUAGGAUCUUAUCAUGUAGCUGUGUAUUCUGCAUCUACAACCACAUUUUCCAUUGUUGCUAAAUCCUCAUCCGCGAGCGAACAAAAAAUUUGUUUGAUAAGAGGGGGUUAAUUUUUUUUUGAAAUACGAAAAUUAAUAUAAUAUGCGAAAUUUAUUUUUUAAAAUGCAAACUAUUUUAAGUAAACAGAUUUAACUAGAGAUUUUUAUUAUAAUAAUUAUUAAUUACACUCAAUAUAUGCUUUUAUAAAAAAAUUUAAUACUAGAAAAAUUGUUGAUUGCUAUGGGGUUUUGGCCAAAAAAAAUAGAAUUUUCCAAAUAUUUUCUCCAUGAAGGGGAAGCUGGAGUAAAGAAACGCUUCCAAUAAAAAACACCACAAUCCAGCUCUACCCUGGCCAUCCUCAAAAAGAUACUGUAUAUAAUGUAACUGAUGGAGACUACCGAAUUUAUUACUUCACAGCUCAUUAUACAGCUGAAACCAAGCAGCCUUUCAGAAUUACCCUUACGCCAAUCACAGGAAAAUACUCAAUUUACGCUGCAAACUCUCUUGCAAGCCUAGAUUGGAAUACAGAAAUAUUUUACUAUAACUGGAGAAGUGACUCUAAUUCUACUGAUAUAACUAACACUAUUACGAUAGAAACCAAUGAUCCAGCCUAUCUGUUGACCACAACUUACUUACUCCCCCCCCUCCGUGAGUGACCAAACCAUUAGAAAAAUCACUAUUUUUUGGCCAAAAACACACUCCGUGAGUGAACAUAUAAAUUUUUUUAAUAGAAAAAUUUUUUAUGGAAAAAAAAUUUGAUAUAUUAAUGAUAAUUCCUAUAAUGAAAUCUAGAGCUAAUUCUGUUUAAUUUUAAACAAAUUGUUUUUUAAAAACAUAAAUUUAUAAAUUAAUUUAAUAUUUGCUGCAAAUUAGGAUUUUUUUUAAAUUUUGAAAAAAAAAUUUUUUUAUAAAAUUUAUAUAUAAAUCUUUUAAAACAAAAAAUUAACCCCCCUCCGUGAGUGACAAAAUUUUUUUGUUCACUCACGGGGGGGGAAGUUAGUUUUAGUCAUUGCUGAGCAAUUUUCUGACGACUCAGCUACUUAUUCAAUUGUUUACUCAAUCGGAGAAGGAGUAGUGAUAUUAUCUGAAGACAUUCCAUACAAUGGCCAAGUUGAAGAAAAGAAAUACGACUAUUACAGAUUCCCUGUUUUUUAUAACCAUGAAGACAUUACUAUUACAGUCACAGCUUUAUCUGGGGAUCCAGAUCUCUAUAUUACUGCUAGUCCUCAAAAACCACAACCUUCUAAAUCUGACAACGAAUUCCGUUCAAACAACUUCGGAAGCGAAGUCCUGACAAUCACAUGGGCAGACAUCCAGCCUAAGUGUCCAACCCUUCCAGACCAAUAUACCCAUGGCAGUCCUACUAAUUGUAACCUUUAUAUUGCUGUUUAUGGGUUUUCUGCUUCAACUUACACAAUUAAGGUCCAUCCUCGUAGGAAUCUUCCUUCUCCUCUUAUGAUAGGAACUCCAGAAAUCCACCAGGUAAAUAAGACUCAAGAGGACUAUUACUAUGUGACUAUCAAUGCAUUUCUUCCAUUAUCAGUAACUUCUCAGCCUCUUCAAGGUGACCCUGACCUCUUUAUGAACAUUUUUGAUGUAAUAAAGGCUGGCUAUGACAUUACCAAAUGGCAGCUUCCUUCAAGGACAAAUUCGAGCUAUUGGUCGCAAUCUACAGUGAUGACUGACGAAAUUGACAUUUCCUCUGAAGAUUUAUUGAUAGCUUGCCCUAGCGGAAACUGUUUAGCACUUAUAGGAGUCUACUGCUUUAGUGAUUCCUGUAUGUACAGCUUAAAUGUGCAGCAAGAAGAAAUUACGAUUAUUUAUGAAAAUGUUCCGACAUAUGGGUAUGCUGACGAAAACCAAUAUGUGUAUUAUUCCUAUUAUUGCGAUAAAGAUGAAACUGAUUUCUUAAUUACUGUAACUCCACUCAGUAAUGGGGAUCCUGAUUUAUUUGUCUCAAUGGGAAGAGCUGCGAAGCCAACACGCGAUAGAUGGGAUUGGGCUUCACAAAAUUGGUUAGGAGAAUCGUUGCUUAUUAGCAAAGAAAACCCUUUUUUCCACGACAAGCUUACUAUGAGAGGCACAUAUAUAAUUGGAGUUUUAGGAGUGAUUUCAGGCUCUUUCACAUUGACAAUAAACAAUCAUAUAACUCCAGUCACCAGAUUAUAUUCAGGUAUCCCCCAACAAGGAAGACUUGCGAAAAACUCAGUUGCUUAUUAUUCUUUCUUUAAUGUGCUCAAUGUCGACAUCGUCAUAAGCUUAGUCCCUACAACUGGCACCCCAGUCCUUCUAGCAAGCUAUGAUUAUGGAUAUGAUGACCAAUUCUAUGAGCGGCUGCCUACAUUAGACAAUUACAUUUGGUCUUCAGUUACUGCAAAUAACAGAUAUGCAUAUAUAUAUAAACUUAUAUUUAUAUUUCUAUAAUAAAUAAAAUAAAAUUCUUUAUAAAUGGAAUAUGUGAUCUAUAUCCCAACCAAUGAUCCAUAUUUUUGCUGGUAUUGCAAUAUCUUAAUUGCUGUAAAUACAACAGACUCGAACUGCACCUAUAGUAUAACAGCGAACAAUAACCAAACUAUCACUGUUUUGCAGAACGGGAUUCCUUUCAGGUCUAACAUCGUACCUCAAAGGUGGCAGUUUUAUUCCUUUGAAAUCAAUGAGAGAACAGACUUUGAUAUUUUGUUCACCUCCUUCAGUGGCGAUAUUGAUGCUUAUGUGUCUACUAAUAAGACUGUUAAUUACGAAAACUCUCUAUGGUUUGCGUUUUCUAGCCAAAAAAUUGACUUUAUCGGAAUCAAAACAAGUGACCCUAAUUUCAUCGUAGGGACUUAUUAUAUUGGAAUCAGCUGCGCUUUAGAAUCCACUUAUUCUGUGACCGUUCAUACAAGGAACACAUAUGCAACUCUGGUAGAUGGCUGGCCAAUCACAUAUGGACUCGAAUAUAGCAGAAGCCAAAAGGUGUAUUUCCAGUUCGGAAACCAUCUUUAUUUCCAUGGGCCAGUUUUCUGUACAUUGACUCCUUUAAGUGCUGACUUUUGGCCAAGAGUUUAUGCAGAUUUCCAGCCUUCAGGGCAGCGUAAAGAUUUCCCUAACCAAUUCAAUUCGAAAUAUAAAUUUGAGAUGGAGCAGUACGAUCCUUUGUAUGGAGAAUUACAAAUGGCUUUCAAUGAGACUGGCUUUGGAAGCCUCAAUCUGGCUGUUUUUGGAAGCGACAAUGGGGAUCAUUCAGGCUCCGAUUUUGGCCAAUUUGACCUAUUUUGCUUAUUAAUAAUAAAAUGGCUAUAGUUAGAAUAAUUUUUUCCAAAAGCUUUUUAUCUCUUCAUAUUUAUCAUUAUAGUGGCUAAAUCGUCUUGUACUUGAAAAUUAAACGAUAUAGGAUUUCAUUGCUUGGCACUCAUGAAGAGAGAAAACCCUAACACAGAACGCGGGCAGAGUCUAGUCAAGAAUGAAGUAACGCGUCCUAUGAAGCCUUCUCACCAGUCAGAGCUUCAUCAUAUAUGAUUUAUUAGAAGCAUGAUAUAAAAGGGUCAGGGAAGAAAAGUCUGUGAUAUCAAAGUUGAAGUUAACAGGGAAGGCGACCGUUUUAAGAAAGAAAACGGCUCAUUAAAUAUAAAGUUAGUAAGCUAAUAAGAAUAUGGCCUAUUUUGCUCAUCUAGCAUGGAAAUGGUCACAUUAAAAGUAGGAACAGACAGAUACGACUAUUUAUCAAGUCCUAUCACAAGGAAGAGAUUUGAGCUUACUGUCAACGAAAAAGGGAAACUUGACGUUUAUGUGAUCAUAUACAUAAAAAUGGCAACUAAGCGUACCCGAUCUAUUGAUGCAAUCUCCUCGACCUCAUGGCUAAGUUAAAUUGGCGAGGAAUUAGUCCAGAAUCCAUAUUGGAUUGUGUGUACCCAGCAAGUUUUUGCUUAGCUCCUGUGAUUAGAAUUGGAGACGAUCUGCAGCAUCCUUAGAGACAUAGAUCAUUCUCCUUCCAGGAACCAGCAGUAGACCUCUGGGCUCGGGAUUAUUCUUUCUUUUAUAGCUAUUGAAGGAAGACAUUUCAGCACCAGAGCAAACUCUAGUUGAAUCAAGCUACUACUCAAGAGCUCUAAUCAGAGCUGAAGAACAAUAGUCUGCCGCUCUCACCGUAUAUCACUCCAGUUGAUAGGAGGAGCUCAAAGGAACCCUGACUCUAGCUGUGCCGGCAUCAGUAACUAGAGGAGCUAAAAAGGUAGGGUAUCGAGACUUGCUGGCGACUUACUGGAGCAGAGCACAUAGAGAGUUUCCCCAGGAUGACAAGGAUCCUUGGAGAUUGCGUUAGCAUUAGAGCGAAGCCCUAUCCGCAAUAAUAUUAAAAAGACUAAGACAUAUAUGUAAUCCCAUGUGAAGGAAAACUCAAGCUUGAAAUUUCUUCUAACUGGACCUUAAUAAGCCAAGAAGUCCCUGAUGUAUUUGUAGGAAGCCUCACUGACGGCAGGAUUCAAGGAAGCAUCAAUAACGCACUCGGGACUUAUUACAUCACAGUUUCGCUCGUAGAAAGCCUUAAAAACGCAACUUAUCAAAUGACAACCGUUUUCACCAAAGCAGGAGACCAAGCACCUAAAAAUCUAGCCCCAGGGCAUGAUGGACUUUUGAAAUGGGAAAGAAAAGAUGGCCGAAAAAUAAAAGUCAUAUGGAGUCCUAUUGAAUAUGAAGGCGGCAGACCAUAUGAGACACCAAAAACUGUAGAGUAUCAUGUAAUAUUUACAGAUGAUGAGGACGUACAAAUGAUGACAGCUUGUGGGAUGCAUGCUGCUGCUAAUGCAGGAAGAGCUAAAUAUGUAGGGUCUUUGUAUGGAAGUGAGGCUAAUGAGCUUGAAGUGGAGCUGCCUAGUAAUAUUGGAUUUAUUAAUGUGAUUGCAGUGGCACAAGGAGCUAAAAAUAUGAUGCUGGGGAUGGUGGUGUAUGAUCCUACACAAAUCGUGUUGACUAGGAGAAGGAAUCAUGGGAUUGGACAAAUAAUUUUCUGGGGAGCUGCAUUGAUACUGCUAGGGUCUGUGUUUACAGCUAUUUACUUUUAUAGAAAAUUCAAGAAGGUCAAGCAAGAGCUGCAGUAUGAGAUGACAGAUGUGAGAAAUGUGGCAUCAGUUUCAUCAGGAAGCAUUGAGGUUUCUGCGUUAUCUAAGGACCCCCCCCUCAUUUGUCGAAUUUUCUAGUCUUUUUUUUAUAAGAAUUUUUUUUUCAGGACCUCAUUUGUCCCAAAAUCUAGUAAAAAAUGAUUUGUCCAAUUUUCUAGUCUUUCUUGCAUUUUUUCGAAUGCCAUAAAUUCUAGUUUUUUACUUUAAAAAAACUAGAAAAUGAGAGAAUUGAGGUCCUGAAAAUUUUUUUUUCUCUAUCAAAAAUUUUGACUAGAAAAUUGGACAAAUGAGGUCCUAAAAAAAAAUUUUUUUUUCCUAUAAAAAAAACUAGAAAAAUGGGCAAAUGAUAAAAGACUAGAAAAUUGGACAAAUGAGGGGGGGGUCCUUACGAGAAAUAGACAAUACAGUCCUUUGGUUCAAGAGUCUUAA